GGAUUAGCCACUGUGCCAUCCGGUUAGCUAACGCAGAGGUUUCAUCUCAUUCAACAUUCAGCUACUUCACAUUAUCUCUUCAAAAUAGUCCCACGAAGUCAUUCGCACGUUUUGAAUAAACACAAAAAUGGCCGAGGCCCUUCAAAAGAAAUUGAAAGCGGAAGUAGAUAAAUUUACGUUGAUGCAGAAAGAUGUUAGCAAGAGCAUGUCAGCCAGACAGAAGUUGGAGACGCAACUGGCAGAGAACAACAUUGUCAAAGAGGAGCUUGACCUGCUGGACACCACAAACACCGUGUAUAAACUUAUUGGCCCUGUAUUAGUGAAGCAAGACUUGGAGGAGGCCAAAGCCACCGUCACCAAAAGGCUGGAGUACAUCAACGGAGAGAUUCAAAGGUACGAGAGUCUCUUGAAAGACCUGGAGAAGAAAUCCGAUCAGCACCGAGAGCUCUUGUCCAGUUUGCAGCAGGAGUAUCAGAAAGCUCAGGGUCUGGCUGUGGGCAAAGUCUGACCGACUGAUCCGGCUGCAUGCUCGCGCACACGCGCACACACACACACACACGCACACACGCACACAACGGGUAAUUCAUGAUUUAACGUUAGACCUUAAACAUUAGGCCGAAAAUACUCCUGUACGCUGUAUCAUGUCAGUUAUUUGUUUAUCACAGUGACUCCUUUGUUGCUAAUAAACUUGUUUUUCAUGAGA